UCGCUAUUCUCCACCAGAUGGCAUCCGCUGUCCGUUCGCUCCCGCUUGACGUUUCCACCUAUUGUUUACAAAACAAUCUCACGUGCGGACCUGUCACGGCACCAGCACAGCAGCGCCCGGCAACCGCUCGUAAAGUCAGCUGCAUUUCGAUAGUUUCUAAUUAUUGCUAGUAAUUUCAUUCCCCCUUGCCAAAUGGAAGGUAAUGCCGCACCGACCGAACCGCCGGUGUGCAACAUCGACAAGCGACCGGAGAACCAAACGUACAUUUCGGCAUGGCGUGACAGGUCCGAGUUCCAAUCGGUGUAUGAAAAGAUAUUCAACUCCCGCCCGGACGACAUCGAAACGAAGGAGGAGGCGCUCCGGUGGCUCAAGAUGUGGCGCACCCGGCAGAUGAAGGAGGUCCCGAUCUGCGUCCGCUGCACGUUCCAAAUACUCGAGGCGCAGGUGUUCGAUCUGCGCAGCCAGCGGGCCGCCAGUGACGAGGUGGGCAACGCGAUGGAGAUUAAAAACAUUUACGCCGGUGCGUUCACGCGCUUCAUCAACUUUCUCACCGAGGGCGGGGGCACGCGCAAGAAAAGCAUCGCCGACUCGGUGCGCGAGAUCGGCAUCGAGACGUACCUGGUCGAGCUGCGGCAUCUGUGUGCGCAUCGGUCCGUCUCGAUCUCGAUCGACGUGUUCCGCCGGUCGGCCCAGUACUGCAUGGAUUGGCUGAAGCGGGCGUACUGGCAGCGGGAGCUGUCCGGCAUGCAGCCGGUCAGUCUGCCCACGCUGAAGUACUGCUACGUGGCGGAAGAUCAGCUGCCGGACAUGAGCGUCAUCCUGCGGACGUACGACGCCGUGACGGCGGCACGUGUCCGACGAGCGUACACGCUGGAAAUGGCCAUCGAGAGCGUGGGGCUGGCCGAGGCAGAAACGAAGCUGCUGGAAGUGCACGCGCAAGAGCAUCGGUCCGUCCGGUUGCCGGUGAUCGUGCGGCAAACGGUACGGUUGCUGAGGGAAUUGCCGCUACCGGCCACCCAGACCGCUGUGAACGCUGUGUGCAAGGCCGUGCUUGAGCACUGUAGGCGCAUGUUUGAAGAUGCUGUUCGGUACGGGGACGACGAGCAGGUACCCUUGGGCAAGAUACACUCGGAUCUGUUCCAGACGCUAGCGGCCAUGGGCUGUCUGCAAACGUUGUUCGAGCAGUUGAUGGUGAUCUGCGAGCAGGAGCAACCGGUCACCGCCACCGGCAAGGAGGAUCAGCGCCCGUGGGCAAAGUAUUGGGCGCAUCGGAUCGCAUUCGCGUACCAGCUGCUGAAGGAGUUUAAGAAAGCGUGCCGCACGUGGCCCGCGGAACGGUUGGGCCGGUUCGGUGGUGCGCAGCGCAAUCUUUUGGCCAAACAGUGGUACGCCGGACGGUUAAAGUCGGCCGUCGAUCAGCAUCUAAUGUUGGGAUUUUCCGUCGACUGUCCCUGGCACAUGAAGCUGUCCCGGGCGUACGUCCUAGCGCGGCUAACGGCAAUGAACGAGCACACCAAGGACAUUGUGCCGGUACUACUUACCCUACUGGAACCACCACUUUCGCCGUCGCAGCAGCAAAAGAUUCGCAAACUAACGGAGGUGUACAAUUCGGACGCUCUUCCUACAACUGGCACCAGCGGAGCCAAGGGGAAGGCAAAGGGCUCUGGCAAUGAGACGAAAGACACGGAUGCGGAAAAGGUUUACACGGCGGACGAUGUGAUGGAAGUGGUGGCAAAGAAGCGAGCACACUGCAAACCGAUGGAAGUCGGCACGUGCCUCAGCAAGAAGGUGAAACGAUACGGCCCGUGGACCGAUCCGGACGUAGAGGUGGACUGGAGUACCUAUCCGCUCGGGUCGUGUCCCACGUAAAUGUGUAAGAAAAAUACAUUCUUAAAAUUGGCAAUCCACCAUCGGCUAAUAAAUAAAAGUGAAAUUUAAUUUAAAAAUUAAA